UCUUGCCCACUGAGCGUGCCCAGUUUGUGUGACUGACUUUUACCAAAUAGAACAAUCAACCAGAUCACCUAAAGGCUUUACCAACAUCAGGCCAGGAAAGUAACCACCAAAAACCAUUCCCAAAUUUCUGAUCAAUGGACCCAAGCUUAGGGAGAGAAACUCCUUUGGUCUCCAACAAUGGUUUAAGUCCUAAUCUUUAAUUUCUUCCUUCUCAAACACUCUGGUCUCCUCCAAAAGGACAAUACUUGAUGAGAUGCAGCCAUUUUGUUGGACAGCAGAAGCUCAGACGCAAGGAAAUGUCUUGGUGGUAGAGUACAGCAUUGUUCUCCUCAGCAGCGAACCGUCCCUGAAAGCUUCCAGAUCACUGUGCCAAUCAAGUGAAGGAGGGACUUUCCUUUAGGGAACCCUAUGAGAAACUUGCCAGAUUGCUUCUUCGAUUUUUUUUUUUAAGCCUUUUUCUUUCUGAUACUUAAUUGCUAUCUCUCAGAAAGCCUAAAAUAGCCAAGACAACUCACAGCAUGGAAGACUCUACAGAAAUGUUUGGAGAUAUUAAUCUCACUCUGGGGAUGCUGAAUAAAGAAGAUGUUAUCAGCAAGGAAGACAUUUACAGUCAUCUCACUUCAGUGAUUCAGAACUCUGACAUUUUGGAUGAUGCAAUUGUCCAACGCCUUAUUUAUUACACUUCUAAGGAUAUGAGAGAUGAAAAUAUUCCCAGAGAACUCAGAAUGCUGGCUGGUGAGGUUUUGGUGUCUCUGGCUGCACAUGACUUCAAUUCUGUGAUGUACGAAGUACAAAGUCACUUCCGGAUCCUGGAGCUACCAAAUGAAUUCAUUGUGCUUUCUCUGGCUGAACUGGCAACAAGUUGUGUGUCCCAGAGCAUCCCUUUCAUGAUGAUGACCCUGCUCACCAUGCAAACCAUGCUCAGGCUGGCGGAAGAUGACAAGAUGAAACAGACGUUCUGUAUUGCCCUUGAGAAAUUCAGCAAAGCCAUUUACAAGUAUGUCAACCACUGGAGAGAUUUCCCCUACCCCAAAUUGGAUGCCAACCGACUCUCUGACAAAAUCUUCAUGCUAUUCCGGUACAUAAUGGAGAAAUGGGCUCCCACAGCCUCGCACGAGAAUACACUGGCCCUGGUGAAGGCCCAUGGACCCACAGUGAGCCUGCUACUGCACCGGAAGGACUUUUGCGAAUUUGCCCUGAACCAGGUACCCUGGCUCCUCAACCAGUAUAGUGGCAAAGAGAUUGAUUUCCACAUCACUCAGAGUGUAAAGCAGAUACUGACCGCAACAGUCCUUUAUGACAUUGACCUUCCUAAGGCACUGAAAAAAUCCAUCUUUGUCAGUUUGCUCCACCAGAUCUGCAGAGGUCCAGAGCCUCCUUUAGAAAAUGAAAUCGAAGUUUCAAGUUGCUACCUCAUUUUAGCCCAUUCAAAUCCUGCGGAACUGGUGGAAUUUUUUGAUGAGCAAAUAAGAAGUAACAAUGAAGCCAUUCGAGUGAAAAUAUUGACAUUGUUAAGAUCAGCAAUCAAUGCUGAGGAACCCAAGCUGAGGAAUCACAUCAUUUCAAUUGAAAAAACAGUCAAAGUUAUCAUGAGUGACCUCAGCCCAAAAGUAAGGAUUUCCACCCUUCUCCUCAUCCAAACCAUGUGUGAAAAGUCCUACAUCGAAGCGCGGGAAGGAUGGCCCUUGAUUGAUUACGUCUUCGCUCAGUUUGCAGCAUCCAGCAGGAAACUGGAGAAACCAGUGAAAAGUAACUCCCCAGAAAAUGAGAUAGGAGAGAAAUCUGUUCAAGAAACAAGCCUUGAGGUCUUAAAAACCCUGGACCCACUGGUGAUCGGAAUGCCUCAGGUACUAUGGCCAAGAAUCCUUACUUUUGUAGUACCCGAAGAAUAUACAGGAACUCUGGACUACCUACUUAAUAUUAUCAGAAUCCUGAUUAUGGCAGAAGAGAGGAAAAAGCAUAAUGCCCCAGAGUCCACAGCCCUUGUCGUCUCUCCAGGAACUGGGAAACUCCCUUCACCACAGCAGCUACUGGCCAGACUUCUGGUCAUAUCUAUUCUUGCCAGUUUAGGGAAGUUAUGUGGGGCCAGCGCAAUAGGACUUUUGAAGAUAGUGCCUGAGAUGAUUCACCCAAAAUUGAUAGACCUGUGGAAAACGCGCAUACCUGAGCUCCUGCAGUCUAUGGAAGGAAAGAAUGCUAGUACGGUGCUGUGGGAAACCAUGCUGCUUCAGUUGCUCAAAGAAUCUUUGUGGAAGAUCAAUGACAUGGCUUGGACCAUUCAACUGAGUCGAGAUUUCAACCAGCAGAUGAGCAGUUACAGCACCGUCUCCCUUGAGAAGAAAUUUCUUUGGAAGGCCCUGGGAACCACUUUAGCAUCCUGCCAAGAUACAGAUUUUGUAAGCUCGCAGAUUAAGGAGUAUCUGAUUGCUCCCAGCCAACUAGGGGACCAAAGACAGGGAACAGCAUCUAUUUUAGGAUGCUGUGCUGAGAACCACUUGGAUAUUGUUCUAAAAGUUCUUAAAACAUUCCAAGAUGAAGAAAAAUUUUUUAUGAAUCGAUGUAAGAGCAUUUUCUCUGGGAAAAAGAGCCUGACAAAGACUGACGUCAUAGUAAUCUAUGGCGCUGUGGCCCUCCAUGCCCCCAAGCGGCAGCUGCUCACCCGGCUUCAUCAGGACAUCGUGGCCCAAGUGCUGGGCCUUUACAGCCAGUGCUCUCAGGUUCUGGGCAUGUCUAUGAUGAAUAAGGACAUGGAUCUGCAGAUGAGUUUCACAAGAAGCAUCACUGAGAUCAGCAUUGCUGUCCAAGACGCUGAGGACCAGGGCUUCCAGUUUUCCUACAAGGAGAUGCUAAUCGGCCAGAUGCUGGACUUCAUUCGGGAUGAGCCCCUGGAUUCCUUAGCCAGCCCUAUUCGGUGGAAAGCCUUGAUCGCCAUCAGAUACCUAAGUAAACUGAAACCUCAGCUUCCACUCAAUGAGCACCUCAACAUCCUUGAAGAGAAUAUUCGAAGGCUGCUGCCCCUUCCUCCUCUAGAAAAGCUCAUAAGCCAGGGUGAGACAGACAACGACAAGGAGCACAUUGACUUUCUGUACGAACGGUCCAUGGAUGCUCUGAGUAAACUUCUGAGGACCAUGAUGUGGGACGACACGAAUGCAGAGAACUGUCAAGAGAUGUUUAACCUUCUCCGAAUGUGGCUUGUUUCACCAAAAGAGUGGGAAAGAGAAAGAGCAUUCCAGAUGACGGCAAAAAUACUGACAAAUGAUAUCGAGGCACCAAAAAACUUCAGGAUCGGUCCACUUCUGGGGCUUCUGGCUCCUCACUCCUGCGACACCCUGCCCACCAUCCGUCAGGCAGCUGCGAGUUCAACCAUUGCUCUGUUUUGUAUGAAAGGCGUUCAUCUGGAAGUGGAAAGACUGCAGAAUUUACAAGAGGGGCUAGGAUGCAACGACAUGCAGGUCCAGAUCAAGAUUUCCUCUAAAAUAGCUAAGAUUGUCUGUAGAUUCAUCCCAGCUGAAGACAUUCAGAUGUUCUUGGAGGAAACUCUGGAUGGCCUGGAAAGCCUCAACCCUAUGUGCAUGAAGGCCUGCAGCAUAUGGAUGAUUGCAGCCCUGAAGGAGCACGGAGCUUCUCUGGAACAUCAGUUACUGGAGAUCCUGAGCACAAUUUACCAUCACAUGCCAGUUCUCAGACAAAAGGAGGAAAGUUUUCAGUUUAUGCUAGAAGCUGUCUCGCAGAUAGCCAGCUUCCACAUGAAUGCAGUGGUUGUCAGCCUUCUACAGAAGCCUCUGCCCUUUGACAGGGACACAAAAACCCUGUGGAAGGCGCUGGCAGAAAACCCAGCCUCCAGUGGCAAACUCAUUCGAGCUUUGACAGACAAACUGCACACCAGGUUAGAAGACGACAUCGCCGGGACAGAUGCAAUUUCAGUGUCCUGUGCUAUGUAUGAAGUGGUCUCAGGAGGCAUCCCAAUCACUACGUUGUAUCCAGAGCUGUUCACUCUCCUCCUGAAGCUGGUCAGCUGCACACUGGGCCAGAAGAUGCCCACUUCUGCCUUCAGCAGCAGGCGGCGCGUGAUGCAACAGGGGGAACGGCAGCAGGACCCAGACCCCUGCAGGCUCUCAACUGUAACUCUGAAAUGCUUGCAAGCCCAAGCCAUGCGAGAAGGCCUUGCAAAAGAAUCUGAGGAGGGGGAAAAUUUAUGGACUCUGCUUAGCAAUCCUGAUACCCAUCAUACAGGAGUAUGCGCUCUGGCCAGGAGCAUGGCAGUCUGGCAACAUGCCAUCAUACUGGACAUCAUGGAGCAUCUCCUCCCCUCUCUCACUUCCUCUUCAGAGAACUACCGCAUAACAGGCACAGCUUUCUUCUCUGAGCUCAUGAAGGAGCCAAUUCUUUGGAAGCAUGGGAACCUUCGAGACGUCCUGAUUCUGAUGGACCAGAGUGCCUGGGAUUCCAAUGCCACACUCAGGCAAAUGGCUAUCCGAGGGCUUGGGAACACAGCAUCUGGGGCCCCUCACAAGGUGAAGAAGCAUAAGCAGAUAAUUUUGGAAUCCGUCAUCAGAGGCCUGUAUCAUUUGGCUCGCACUGACGUCGUCUGUGAAAGCCUGAAGGCUCUCAAAAAGAUCCUGGAGCUUCUCACAGACAGAGAUGUGAGCUUCUACUUCAAGGAGAUAGUGCUCCAAACAAGAACCUUCUUUGAAGAUGAGCAAGAUGACGUGAGACUGACGGCCAUCAUCUUAUUUGAGAAUCUGGCAUCCCUAACAGGAAGACAGUGGAAGGCAUUUUUUGCAGAAGAGAUUAAAAAGAGCAUGAUUUCCUUCCUCCUCCACCUCUGGGAUCCCAACCCCAAGAUUGGAGCUGCUUGUCGUGAUGUCUUGAUCACCUGCUUCCCUUUCGUGGGCCUUCAGGAACUGUAUGGGAUACUAGACCAUCUCCUUGAUCAAGACCUACCAAGAGCAAGAGAUUUCUAUAGGCAAUUUUGUGUGAAACUGGCAAAGAAAAAUCAGGAAAUUCUGUGGAUCCUCCAUACACACUCAUUCACCUUUUUCACAAGCAGCUGGGAGGUGGUCAGGAGCACAGCUGUCAAACUCACAGAUGCCAUAGUCCUCAAUUUGACCAGCCAAUAUAUGGAGUUAUUAGACAGAGAACAGCUGACCACGCGGCUCCAAGCACUUCGGCUCGACCCCUGCAUCAGUGUCCAAAGGGCAGCCGAAGCUGCCUUGCAGACCCUCCUGAGAAGGUGCAAAGAGACAAGUAUCCCUCUGUAAGCCAUCAAGAAAUAAACCGCUAGGCUUUUUCUAAAACUGAC